UAGACAAAGAAAAUACAACAAAACCCUUUAUAGUACAAUUGAUUUUUUUUUUCUUUUUGUAACCUUAGGAUUAGUUAACAUCUCUUUAUAUACAAAUUUGAGUGAGGACAAAAUUGGAGAAUACACAAGAAAACCUCUCUUCUUUUGUCUUCAUAGAAGAACAAAAACACAAAUGCUUCUAAGAAAAACCAUUCACAAGACCAAAUUUUUACUUAAAAAAACACUUAGAAACUUCAAAUGUUUAAUCUAUGGAGGAUACCAAAAACUACCAAGAUCUCUUUCCUUCAACUGUCGAAGCGGUCGCAAUGCAAGAUCAUACACAAAUGAUUAAUUCUACAAUGAGUUCUAUGAUAUACUUCAAUCUGAUCUCAAUAGAAUGAAUAUGAAUGAUGAGAUUAAAGCAAUGGAAGAAGCUUCAAGUACCGAAAAAAAGCAUGUAAGUUUUGUCAAACAAAGUCCAAAAAAGAACAUCAUUGAAGAUGGAGUGAAAGAGAGAAAAGACAAAAGGAAAAACAAGAAUGAGGGUGUUCAUGAAUUAGCAUUGAAGAUGAAGGAAUUGGAUAUGAAUGAUUCAAGUGAUGUUGAACAAGUAUUAGAUAUAGAAGAAGCACUUCACUAUUAUUCUCGUCUUAAGAGUCCUGUUUAUUUAGAUAUUGUGGACAAGUUUUUCACUGACAUUCACUCAGAAUUCUCUGUUUCACAAUCUUCUGUUAGCAUCAAUCGUUCAAAGUCAAAGGGAAGAUUUGGAUCAAUCAGGUUGUAGAUAUAGCAUAAAUCUUAAUUUUUGUGAUGUAUAUGAUGAAAUGUGUUUUGUUUUCACCAUUUUUUGUGUGAAGUGACUUUUAUUUUACUUCAACUAGUACUAGUAUGUUGAAGGGUUUGAGUUUGUUUGGUCUGAAUUCCAGUUUUUUUUUCCUGGUUUGUUCAUGUUUGAAUUGAAUUUAUAUUGUUCAUUCUUCUAUAAUGAAUUAUUUAGAAUUUUUUCCAGCUUAAAA